AUGCAUGUUGUAGAACACGAACUAAACAAUUGCCUUGCAGGGUUUCAAGUAAAUGCCUUAUCCUAUGAUUACACCGCCAGUAUUGAGUGUUUGGCAAAACCUCACAAACCACAAUAUAAUGGAGGGAUCAUUGUAAACCCUGAACUAAAUCAUGGCUUGAACGGAUGGUCUAGUUUUGGCAAUGCAAAAAUACAACACAGAGAAUCUGAAGGCAACAGAUUCAUUGUGGCUCAUGGCAGACAACAAUCAUAUGACAGUAUUUCUCAGAAGACCUACCUGCAAAGCAACAAGUUCUAUACAUUCUCUGCUUGGAUACAAGUGAGCAGUGGUAGUGUUCCAGUAACAGCUAUUUUCAAGACUAGUAGUGGAUUCAUACACGCUGGUGCAAUUGUGGCUGAAUCCAAUUGCUGGUCUAUGCUCAAGGGUGGCCUAACUGUCGAUGCCUCAGGCCCUGCCGAGCUCUAUUUCGAGAGCAAGAACACAUCUGUUGAGAUCUGGGUUGAUAGCAUCUCGUUGCAACCAUUCACUGAAAAGCAAUGGAAGUCUCAUCAACAUCAAAGCAUCACAAAGACUCGAAAGAGCAAUGUGCAGGUUCAAGCAGUUGAUGAACAAGGCAAACCACUAGCCAACGCAACAAUCAUCAUCCAACAAAAGGCCCCAGGCUUCCCUUUUGGUGUUGCCAUCAACAAGAACAUCCUCACCAACACAGCCUACCAAAACUGGUUCACUUCAAGGCCCUUCACCGUCACGACAUUUGAAGACGAAAUGAAAUGGUACAGCACAGAGUCGUCUCAGGGCCAUGAAGACUACUCUGCCGCCGAUGCCCUGCUUCAGUUUGCAAAGCAGCACAACAUUGGAGUCAGAGGACACAACGUGUUCUGGGACGACCCCCGCUACCAACCUGGUUGGCUCAACUCACUCUCCGGCCAACAGCUCUCUGAUGCAGCCUCCAAGAGGCUGAAUUCUAUCAUGGGGAGAUACAAGGGACAAGUUAUAGCUUGGGAUGUUUGCAAUGAAAACUUGCACUUCAACUUCUUUGAGAGUAAGAUUGGUGCAUCUGCUUCAGCCAUGUUCUAUAAUUGGGCUCUUAAAGCUGAUGGAGCAACCACAUUGUUCAUGAAUGAGUAUAACACCAUUGAGGAGAGUGGAGAUGGAGAUUCGAUCCCAGCUAAGUACCUUCAAAAGCUGAGAGACAUUCAAGCCUUUCCGGGUAACAAUAAUGCGAAGAUGGCGAUUGGACUUGAGUCACAUUUCACCACUCCAAACAUUCCCUACAUAAGAUCUUCUAUUGAUACUCUUGCUGCUGCAAAAGUUCCUAUUUGGAUUACAGAAUUGGACGUUACAAGCGGCCCCAAUCAGGCAUCAUACUUGGAGCAAAUUCUAAGGGAGGUCCAUGCACACCCUCAGAUUCAAGGCAUUGUUAUUUGGUCUGCUUGGAAGCCUCAGGGAUGUUACAGAAUGUGUUUGACAGACAACAACUUCAAAAACCUGCCUACUGGUGAUGUUGUUGACAAGCUCAUACAUGAAUUUGGUUUGACUUCCGGCCUGGCUUCUGGCAUGACGGACCCUAAUGGUUUUUUCGAGGCCUCCCUUUUCCAGGGCGACUACGAAGUGAAAAUCACUAACCCUUCUGUGGCAAACUCCUCCUCAGUUCAGGGUUUGAAUGUGGGACCAACUACUGAGUCCCAGCAACAAUUGCUGCUCCAAGUUUCUGCUUGA